AUGAUCAAGAAGGUGUUGACAAAGAGUGAUCUUGAUGAUAAUUGCAGACUUUUGUUAAAUAGAGAUUUGGCUAAGAAAUGGGUGGUUCCUGUGGUGGAUAAAGCUAAAGCUGCAACCGAAGGAGUCGAGGUUGAAGUGUUUGAUGUUGACACUGGCUUUCCUCUUUCUCUUAAUUUCAAGAUACGACCUUCCAAUGACAGUCAUGUCUUCAACAACACUUGGAUCCCAGAUUUUGUGGAUAGAAGAGGCUUAAAGAAAGGAGAUGAAAUCGGUCUGAAAUGGAAUGAAGAGAAGAAAAGAUUUGAUUUUUCUGUUCUUCAUCGAUCUUGA